AUGCCUCCAAAAGUUAAAAAAUCUCCUGCAACUGGACGGAAAAAGAACAGCAAAGCAAGCAGACGUCCGAGUCAGACGAACUUGAUAAGUGUCGAAAAUGGAGGAGUGCCACGUGGUCGUGGUCGGAAUACUGAGAGAAGUGUGAUGCAGACAUUGGAACAGGAGGAAACGACCAGUAAUGAUGCGGGGGGAAAUCAGAAAAGGAGUGUAGCUCAGCCACCACAGCCAAUGGCAUAG